CUGCUCUCUGAUGUCCCCCCACUGCGACUGCCGGGAUGUCCACAUCAACUGUACAGGAAGAGGGCUGACACAUGUACCGGUAGACGCUGAGAAAGAGAUAACUUGGUUUUACCUUGGAAGCAACAACCUAAGUGAGACGAUGAACAACCAAACAUUCAUUCAUCUCGACAGGCUCAUUUAUCUAGAUCUGAGCAACAACAGCAUUGUUUACCUUCUUCCUGGAAUGUUCGCCACUCUCUGGCAACUGUCAGUGCUGGACCUCCACAACAACCAACUCACUCGCCUGGCUAACGGCUCCUUCACCGGUCUGGCGUCUGUCAAAGGCCUACACUUACAAGGCAAUAAGAUAGAGGUAUUGGAGACAAUGGCAUUCUACGGGCUUGACAUCGCUGAAGACGUUAGACUUGAGUGA